GGGAUGGGAAAGUGGGGGGAGCCGGGGCGGGGCCAGGGACGGCCCCUGCCGAUCAGCUGUUCGCUGGAUUCUAUAACAACAAAAGACUCAGCCGGGAGCUGAGACGGGCCGACGCAACAGGGAGCCCAGGAGGAACUGAGGGGAGCGCCGCCCUGCCACCUACCUCAAUAGCCGCCGUCCAGCUUCGUCCUGCCCCGACGUCCGCCGACGGAUUCUGUAGCAACUGUUUACAAACCAUGCCUCUCCGUGUCCAGUGCCUCAGCUGAUAAAGUUUUUAUGCACUUUAAUCUUCUACCUGCACCCUAACUUUUGGCUGGUACGUUGUGAAGUGGUACCUCAUCUUGUGGACGCAAGCAAGUGCUAGCCAGUCUUUGUACUAUUGCCUUAGUAAUGUUCCAGAGGCUGAAUAAUAUGUUUGUGGGAGAACUCGGUAAUUUGCCCAGCCAAGAACCAGAGUUCAGUGAGAAAGAAGAGGAAGAGUGGAUUCUGGUAGACUUUAUCGAUUCCUGUUCAAACUUCUCUACUGUUGAUGAAGAGGAGGAGGAAGUGGCUAACAUCUGCCGACCACCUCCUGAUGACCACUCACCUAUCUUUUCGUGUCUACCUGAUUCCUUGGAGUGUCUGGCCGAUGCCAGUGAAUCUUGCUUCAUCCAGUUAGACUCGUGCCCCAUGGAGGAAAGCUGGUUCAUCACUCCACCUCCAUGUUUUACAGCAGGUGGUUUAACCACUCUCAAAGUAGAAACCAGCCCACUGGAAAAUCUGCUAAUUGAACAUCCCAGCAUGUCUGUAUAUGCAAUCCAUAAUAUCUGCCACAACCUCAACAAGAACAAUUGUGAUGAAAAAGAAGAGGAGGAGGAGGAGGAGAGAGAAGUGGAGCCCCAUGCUGAAAGCAGCCAUAGAUAACAGAGCAAGUGGGAAAAGCACUGAAGCAGAUAGACCAGAAAAUACCAGAAGCUGAAGGUGAGUCCCCUGUUAAGAUGUGGCUCUUGGUGAGUGUGCAGUGACACUCACUCAGCAGAGGCUGAAACAUAGGUAUGGUGUGCUGAAAUUAAGGAGCGGUGCUUGUUUUGUUCCACAUUACUGUGUCCUUUGCAAUUAACAAGAGAAUCCAGAAGCACAGUAUUGUGAGUAAAAGUGGCAAGUGUAGAGAAGUUCAGGCCUGGAAAA